UCGUCCGAGAGACUUAUGGCACGCCGAUCUUUCAGGCUACAGUUCGUCCUUAAAGGGAUGCCAUCAAAAUGGGCUUGGAUCAUUUUUAAUCUCGUGAUCUGCGCGACUGCGUCCUUUGAACAUGACUCAUGGAAGGCUUUCAUACAGUUAACAGAAUUCGAUUACGAGGAUACCUGUUUCUCUACCGCUGAAGCUGAAUGGGCGUUUGUUAAUUCUCCGUCUAACAAGACACUGUCCAUAUGGGAAGAGAAACUGGUAGAUUAUGCUAAUUUCAAACACAUACAACAAAUCGAGGUUGUUAAUAGUCCCAGGGAUAAUAAUAUUAGCGAUUCCUCCUCGCAAUAUAAAUAUGAUGUUGCUGUAAACAUAGGAGAUGCUCUAUUGAACAGUAGUGAUUUUAGAACACUUGUUCACUUUGCUGGGAUAGCAGAGUUUAAAAGAUUAUCUGCAGUGUGUAAGGUAUCCUUGACCAACUACACACAUAGAGAUGUAGAACGCGUGCUGCACUUCAGCAACAGUGCUGAAGAGAAGAAAAAUGUCUGGAUAGCAUGGCACCAAGAGUUAUCUGGCUUAGCUAAAAAUAUUACAACUGUCCUCCCAAUUGUUGAACAAGCUGCCAAAGAGAAUGGUGCCCCAGAUUUUAUACAAUACUGGGAAUCGUUGAGUGGAUACAAAAACGGCUACGAGAAUAUUAAAUACGAAUGGAGCAAAAUCACUAAUCUUCAUAAAAAGAUACUACGACAUGUAUUGAACAAUUUGUCUCAUAAGUAUAAUUUCCAUGCAAAUGAGACAAUCCCAGCCUAUCUGCUUGGAUCGUUGCAAGGAAACGACUGGACCCCGGUUGCAGUGGAUGUGUCUCCUCAUCCAGACCUAGUGCAUAAAAUAAAAAAGAAUCUUUGGAAAAGAAAACUUCUUGGUAAAUCGUUGUACGAAAUUGCAUCUCAUAUGGGCGCACAAUUAUUAAAUAAUGUCCCACAAUAUGAAUUUUGGAGAAACAGUAAUUUUAACGGGCAUUGUCCAUCGAAACUAAUUCAUUUUUGCAAGGAUAGUAACGUGAGGGUAUCUACUUGCUACCAACCUACAUUGAGCAAUUUUCUUUCGGCUCACAAGAAUAUAGGCAAGGUGUUAUUCAAUCAAAUGUCUGCGGAUAAUGUUCCAGUACUUACUAUAGCCAAUAGAUACUCCGUUUUAGAAGAAGGUGUAGCAGAACUGUUCGGUAUCCUAGCAGCCAGUCCGGCUUGGCUAAAUCACUCUCGCAUUAUAGAUAAUUCAGUCGACAAUGAUCAGCUUUUAAUGGUAUCUCUAAUGAUAACUGCAUUGGACGUACUACCUCGACUAGCUUAUUAUAUGUCGGCGGACAUGUGGAGAAUCAAGGUUAUUGAAACCGGCAUGAAGCCUGAGAAUCUAACGUUAUCAUGGUGGCAGCACAGGCAAGAAUACGAAGGUCUGAACAACAAUGGUACGGAAAUACCCACGUUCCUAAAUGACGAUUAUAUCACCAGCAAUAAACCAUAUCUCUCUAAGAUAACAGGAACAAUCCUUGCCUUCCAAUUCUAUGAAUAUCUUAUGGAAUCCACGGAAGUCAGAUACGACACCAUCGUAGGAAGACAAUCGAAAGCUGAUAUUAUAAAAGUAAUUCAAAGCGGAGGAAGGAACGAGUGGUCAGAAAUAAUCAAGAAAUUCUUAGAAAUAACAGAAAUAUCCGUUAAUCCAAUUCUUUCGUUUUUCUCUCCUUUGGAAGAUUUGAUCGACGAGUUGGAUGAGGAUUUCAAGUAUAAACCAAUCACCGUUAAGGAGUCAGAGUUGCAAGAAUUAGAAAAGAAGAUAGUUGCAGAAGUUAAUGCCCCUACAACGACCACUGUCACGCCAAGAAUGGUAAUCAGGAGAAAAGGAAUAGUAACCCCAACGCCUUACAACAAAGAAAAUAGUCUAAGGGCCAAUGCGAAUGCCGUAUCUAACAACAACAAGAGCUUAGCGUUGAAAACAUCCGUACACGCGACGGAGCAGAAGUCUGAGAACCAUAAUUUAUCGGGAUCAGAAGUGUCAACUAAAGUUCCUUUCGAUGAGUCAUUAGACAAUAGUAUAGACCCUGACCAAGACACGAAACCAAAGAUGAAUACUAGUAAAGCGGUGUGGGCGGUAGGAGCGGUGCUCCUGGCGACGAUAGUGAUUUGCGUAAUAGCGAUCUUCGGUCGGCAACGAUGCCGCAAAACGCCGAAAAAUAGACGAUACGUUUAACCAGCAGGUCAGGCGGAAAAGCAUAUAUUUAUUGUUCUUUGUAUUUAGAUUGUAAGAUCUCCUUUUUUAACCGAAUAAUUUAUCGUCAUUCAAAGAAAGACAUUAUAUAACUGAUUGGCAAUAUCGUGAGAGAUCGUACAUUCCUUAGGCUGCUCUUUGCGGAACGAAAACCGAGGCUACACACUCAAUAUACAGUUCUUUCGCCCAAUGAGCAGCACGCACAACAGAGAGAAUGUCCAAGAAAGGGAAUCAGACCUCCGAUGCAAGAAAAAGUAUUAAUCAUUUGCGUUCUUUUUGAGUACGGAAUAAAAUUUAUUUAAUUUAAACCGCGAUAUGUAAAUACAUAUACCUUAAUCACUUGCCUUGCGACGUUGUUCUGUGCUUCCUGAAGUUUGAAAAUUCAAAUAUUUGGCGCGCCGAAAGCAGUAUUGCGCGCGCUCUGUCACGUGACCAGCCAUGCCGCCAUUAUUGUGUCUCCAUUGAAUCUGCAACGAACGAAAUAAUAUUGAAAUUCUAUUGUGAGGCAAGGGGUUGAUAUUGUUUUCAGAAAGAAAAUUUUAUAUAUAUUAUAUACACACUGUUUUUUUUUUGUUGUAUUUCAUACCGAAUUAUGCACAAAUAGAUCACGAAUUGUAGUAUAAAAGUUGAUCGUGUAUGCCAAGUACAACAGUGUUCCUCUACAAGUAUGCCAAACCGUAGUGAAAACAAAAAAAAUGAAAAUCGAAUUGAACAAGAUUUUCGAAUAUUUUCCGCCUUCUAUUUUCUGUAGAUCCUCUAGAGAAUUAUGCGUCAGAAAAGUCUUCGUAAAUUCAAGUCUAUAGUGAAGGAGUCUAUCCUUAAAACGUGUACAUAAUCAUUGAACAAAUAGUAGAAUAAAAAAAUGACGAGAACGUAUUUAUUCGAACGUGUCAAAACUUCACAGAUCGUACAACAUUUUUCUACCAUUCAUACGAAACGUGCACGUCAUUUGUAACGAAUUGUAUGGAAGAUUUAUAUUUUUUAUAAAAGUAUAUUUAUUUUGUACCUAACGAGAGAUAAUAAAAACCUUGUUUCGGUACAAACA